AUGGGACGCACGAAAAGGCAGGAGACCCAGCAUACCCCCACGGCAGCACCGCCGGAACCGAUGGACGGGUUCCUGCAAACCACGCUGGGAUCGAGCCGCGAGGCGCACGGCUCCAAGAUGGCUCCCGUCUCUCCAGCUUCCUCCUGCUGGGAGCCCGACCAGCCUACUCUGGCUGAUAUUGGGGCAGAGAUCAGGAGACUGGCGGCCAAUAUGGUCACCAAAUCCGACCUACAGUCCCUGACAGCCACCCUCACGACCUCCCUCACGUCAGCGCUCACGGCACUGCGCACAGACAUGGAGGCACAAGGCGGACGCAUCCAGGCAUUGGAAACCCAGGCCCUAGAAUCACAGCACCAAGCAACUGCUGCAGACACAGCCUUAACAAGGCAAGGCAACAUGCUGCUGGCCCUGCGCAGACAAAUAGAGGACCUGGAUAACCGGAGCCGCCGCUCAAACAUCCGGGUAAGAGGGGUACCAGAGGGUGAGGGGCCGGAAAAUGUAGAGGAGCUGCUCACUGUGCUCUUCCUCCAAAUCCUGGGGACUGACGCACCGCCAAAUAUACGCUUCGAGCGUGCACAUAGGGCCCUGAGACCCAGAAUUAGAGAUGGGGACUCCAAGACAUUAUAUGCUGCUUACAUUCAUUUCCCCUUAAAGACCUCAUAA